AUGGAGGUGCGCACUCCGCCCGCUGUAGGAUUCUUUCUCGACCAUGAAUACGUUUCCCAUACCCUCAGGCACAUUCAGAUUCUGAAACACAUCGAAGUACCCGACCGAGCUAAGCUCAAUCGCACAAGGCCUCAUCAAAGGCGUAGUAAUCUCACGUUGAAGACCCGACAACGAUUCCAAAAUCUCAAGCAGAAGCUGGCCAAAAUCACAGCAAAACUAGACCAGCUCGAGAACGUUCUCCAGCAGUACUUGGAGGAUUUCACCGCCUACCGUCAGCGAGUCGUUCUAGAACUGCUAGAGACGAAGUUCGCCCGAGAGCUUCGCGAUGAGGUAUACAGCUACAUCAUCGACGACCAGAUGGCGAUCAGUAUCAAUCAUCAUGACCUAAUGGCGUCUGCUUCGCCAGCAUUCGCCAUCCCCGGUCACACGAGCGCAAGUCGUUCCAAGCACUUCCAGACGUCACUCAUACGCAAUGGCUACGGCCACUUACUCGAAGCGAGGGCAAUACUCAAGGACACGAUGUUGGAGCUAGCUCUUGCAUGGUACAGACUGUCCACGUUUCGCUUCAUGCAGGCCCACCACGUGAAUUCGUUCCUUGAAACCGAUUUUCAUGGCUUCGGCCUCGAUACGCAGAAGCUGAUCCGGAGUAUCGAGGACUUGGCCGAGCUUUACACGCUCAAGACUGGUGCCAACAUUCUGCUCAGCUUCCAGGCUAUACCGACAGACGCAGUGAUAAGGGCAAUGGCAGAUCCCAGCGCAGCAGUCCCGCCUCCGGAUCUUGCACUCCUAUUCCCGGGCAUCCAGAAGCUGGUUACAGCCGAAUACCGCGUCACGGUGAAGCUGGGCUACCACUUGAAGUUCAAGGUUGUGAGCGAGGAGCUGACGGAGGAGUGUUGGAAGCAGAAACUCGAGGAUCAUCACAAAGUCAUGCUUGCGAAACGCGCCCGCCGUGAAUGA